UUCUGAAACCUUCCCGUGUCAACACUAACGUGCCUUACUUUAUCAUUUUUGCAGAAAGGGUAGUACCCUGUCUAAUUUUUCCCCCUAGAUGAAAGCAGCGUACCAGACAGAGAAAACUCUCUGCCGGUGGGCUGAACACGACGUUUUGAUUUGUCUUUGCACAGUGGGUUCGCGCAGCGGGGCGGCGGUGGGCGGGCGGGGCACCGAGGGAGCUCCGCCCACUUUGUGGCUCCGCCUCCGCCCUGCCCCGUUGUGUGACGCACGGCUCGCGCCAUAAGGCUCCGCCAUUUUGUCGCGGCCGAGAGCUGAGAGUGGUUGAGUUGCGGCGGUAGCGACGGCUCAGGAGAGCGUAGCGACAGCUUAAGAGAGCGUAGCGACGGCAGUCGGAGAGCGCGGCGGCAACCCGGGCUGCUGAGAUGGGAAAUUACGAGCGCAGCGACCAGCCCGGGUGGGGUCGGCGGCGCGGCGGCAGUGAGCGCCAUGGGAAGCGCAAAUCGCCCAGCGGUGCCCAGGAGGGCAGGCAUUACAGGCACGAGGUGGCCAAGAGGCCUCACAGUAAAUGUUCAGAAACCAAAUCCGUAAAUGACCGGGAGCACCACAAGCGGAGGCGCUAUGUGGAGGAGUACAGGACUGAGCACACACAGGGCUGUGACAGCGGGCAGCAGCACCGCGAGCACAAGAGCGCCCACCGCCAACAUGGCAGCAGGUCCUUGGGCCGCAGCGGGAAGGGCAGCUACAAGCAGUUGCACAGGACGCAGCACAGCGCCUGCCACCACCACCAUCACUCACAGAGGAGUCUUCGAAGGAAAAGAUCCAGGAGUGUAGAGGAUGAUGAGGAGGGUCACCUGAUCUGUCAGAGUGGAGACGUACUAAGUGCAAGAUAUGAGAUUGUUGCUACUCUGGGUGAAGGAGCUUUUGGAAAAGUGGUGGAAUGCAUUGAUCACAAAGCGGGAGGUAGACAUGUAGCUGUGAAAAUAGUAAAAAAUGUGGAUAGGUACUCUGACGCAGCACGUUCAGAAGUACAAGUCUUGGAACAUUUAAAUGCAUCAGACCCCAGCAAUACGUAUCGCUGUGUCCAGAUGUUGGAAUGGUUUGAGCAUCACGGCCAUGUCUGCAUUGUUUUUGAGUUACUGGGACUCAGUACUUACGACUUUAUUAAAGAGAAUGGCUUUUUGCCAUUUAGGUUGGACCAAAUUAGACAAAUGGCAUAUCAGAUUUGCAAAUCUGUGAACUUUUUACAUUUGAACAAACUGACACACACGGAUCUGAAACCAGAAAACAUUUUAUUCGUCCAGUCUGAUUAUGUAGAAGAAUAUAACCCCAGACUGAAACGUGAUGAGCGCACACUAAAAAAUCCAGACAUCAAAGUGGUGGAUUUCGGGAGUGCAACAUACGAUGACGAACAUCACAGCACUCUGGUGUCUACAAGACAUUACAGGGCUCCUGAAGUUAUUUUAGCACUGGGAUGGGCACAGCCAUGUGAUGUUUGGAGCAUCGGCUGUAUUCUCAUAGAAUACUACCUUGGGUUCACAGUAUUUCCGACUCAUGACAGCAAAGAGCACCUGGCAAUGAUGGAACGGAUACUGGGGCCUUUGCCUAAUCACAUGAUACAGAAAACCAGGAAACGGAAAUAUUUCCAUCGGGACCAGCUGGACUGGGACGAGCACAGUUCUGCAGGCAGAUACGUUGCAAGGCGCUGCAAACCACUGAAGGAAUUCAUGACAUGCAGGGAUGCUGACCACGAGAACCUGUUUGACCUCAUUCAAAAAAUGUUGGAGUAUGACCCAGCUAAACGUAUUACACUUGAAGAAGCACUAAAACAUCCUUUCUUCUUCCCCUUGAAAAAAGAGAAAAGGAAGCUGUCGCCUGUAGCAGAGCAGUCCUGUCCAGAUGAUAGUAGCCCACCAAAGAAAUAUAGGAAAUUUUAAGUAAUAAAUUAUUAUGUAUAGUUCUUCUUUGUAAAUGUCUUAUUUUGUAUUGUGACUCUUUGGAUAUUGAUGCAGCUGCUGAAAUAAAAGUUAUUUAAGAAAAAAA